AUGUGCAAGAAUCCAGAUGGCAAACAAAUCAAAGUCGGGAUUCUUGGUGCGACGGGCACUGUAGGGCAGCGUUUCGUUACUCUGCUCGCAAAACACCCAUGGUUCACCAUCCAUGUACUUGGAGCAUCUUCCAGAUCAGCCGGGAAGUCAUAUGCGCAGGCCGUUAUGUGGAAGCAGACGACACCGAUACCAUCUGUCGUCCGCGAUAUGAUAGUGCACGAGUGCUAUCCAGAGCACUUUGCGGAGUGUGCUAUCAUCUUCUCUGGUCUUGACGCCGAUGCGGCUGGAGAAAUAGAAUCCGCAUUCAGAAGCGCUGAUCUCGCCAUUUUCUCUAACGCCAAAAAUUACCGCAGAGACCCCUCCGUACCUCUGAUCGUCCCCCUCGUAAACGAUUCACAUUUGUCCAUCAUUCCUCAGCAGCAAGCACUGCAAAAUCCCCCGCUCAAGAAGGGUUUCAUCGUUACCAAUGCCAAUUGCUCUACGACGGGCUACGUUAUACCCCUUCGCGCUCUGGAGAAGGCCUUUGGACCUAUCGAGUCUUGUCUGGUCACUACUAUGCAAGCCAUCUCCGGUGCUGGAUACCCAGGUGUUCCUAGUCUUGAUAUCAUCGAUAACGUCGUGCCCUACAUUGGUGGUGAAGAAGAGAAAAUAGAGUGGGAGACGCUGAAAAUUCUGGGAGGGAUCGCCGAUGGCGAUGAUGGAAUGAAGACCUUUGACAUGCACGCACGCCAUCCACUACGCGUAUCUGCAUCGUGUAAUCGAGUUCCCGUCAUUGAUGGGCACAUGAUGUGCGUUUCUGUACGUUUUCAGCAGAGACCUCCUCCCAGCCCACAGCAAGUCCGCGAAGCGUUGGUGGCCUAUACUCCAGAGGCGCAAUCCAUUGGGUGUCCUUCUGUUCCUGUCCAUGCCAUUUUUGUGCAUGAAGAACCGGAUCGCCCUCAACCUCGGUUGGACCGAUAUUACCAAGACGGUGCAGGCGUAUCAGUGGGAAGAGUGCGCCAAUGUCCCGUUCUUGACAUAAAGUUUGUUGUCCUCGCGAACAACGUCUCUAUCGGAGCAGCUACCAGCAGCAUCAUUAAUGCGGAGCUCGCGGUGUUGAAAGGAGUUGUAAAGGUGGAGUAA